AUAAGCACGUCUUCCAACAAACAUAUUGCAAAUUAAAUUGCAGCUUAAGAGUUAGAACAAACUCAUUUCACAACAAACUUGUUACAAAAGUUUCAAUGGAUACUCUGGAUUGCGAUGCGACGCCAAUCAUCAGAAGCGCGUCUUCUUCAUGGAAAAAUCAGCAACAGCAAAUGAUCAAGGACAGCUUAAUGAUGUGCAGUUUUGCCCCGGUCAGUAGCAAAGCUAAUGUUUUCACUCCAAUUCAGCAGCAAUGUCAUGAUUUUGGUGAUUCAAACGCGCCAUCGGCCAUGGUUCUUCAGGAAUUUGGAGCUGCAUUUGAUCCAAUACACGUCCUUUCUAGUUGGAACAUCCCCCAGCGCCAAGAAGCUGCGACAAAAUUGGCUGCGGAUUCUGUCGCUGGUAAAUCAAGAACAGGUCCAAGCAGGGAUUGUACUAAAAUAGGCCCGUCUUCUUUUCGUCCACAGAACAAUGUUGUGCCUAACUUGGGUGAUAGUCUAUCGGCAGUUUGUGGCCUAAUGCCAGAUAAUCUUGAUUGCAAUGGCCCAAUCACAAAGAGCAGGUCCCUUGAUUGCUUGCUCUCUGCAACCAAUACAAGCAAUUACACGGACACAUCGGUCGAAGAUGAUGAAAUUUCCAUGAUUUUCUCUGAUGAUUCCAAAAGACUGUGGAAUACCAACACUGACAAUUUUGCAGUUUCAUCUGGAGAAUCUGCAAUCGAUGCCUUCAUCUUGAAACCCAUCGAUGCCAAUGACAGCAACAAUAUUGAGUGCCCUGUUAAUGAGACGGAUCAACACAACAAUCCAAUAAGAUCUUCGGAAGCAAAGCGUCACAUGACCAAGAGAAGAAGAUACAAUCGUGCUCUGCUCCAACCAGAUUUGUCAACCAAAGACUCAGGUUUCAAGCUCAUAUCGGAAGACAAACCCAAGUCCAAGAAACUAAGAUCAGAAAAUACGAACAUCAAUUUCCAGCAAUCUAGCUCGUCAGCAUCUUCAGCAGAUGACGAGCCUGAUUCAGAAGCAAUUACGCAAAUGAAGGAAAUGAUUUAUUGCGCAGCGGCAUUCAGGCCAAUGAGCUUUGGCACAGAAGUAGAAGCGGAAAAGCCCAAGAGAAAGAACGUAAGAAUAUCAUCAGAUCCACAGACAGUUGCGGCGAGACAAAGGAGGGAAAAGAUAAGCGAAAAAAUAAAAAUAUUGCAGAAGAUGGUACCAGGAGGAAGCAAAAUGGACACUGCAUCUAUGCUUGAUGAGGCUGCAAAUUAUCUCAAGUUUUUAAGGUCACAAAUUCAAGCGAUGGAAGCUUUUGGCCAUAAAAUAGAUCCAUUAAUUAUGACUAACAUUAGGUCUUUAUCUUCAAUACCAUUCAACUAUCCAUUUCCCAUGCAACCCCAUUUUCCCAUACAAUUAGCUAAUCCAGUUCAGCGUCCCUAUAGUUGAAUCAAAGAGGAUAGGACAAUGAGAUCCAACUGUAAAAUUCCUCACACUUUUGUUAUUUGUGAAGGAGGUUAAGUUUUUGUUUUGCUUAAACGUUAAUUGGACGGGGCCUAUACAAUUAACCA